GAACACACACACAACGAUACCAGUCGGUUCUUCCAUUUGGAUCAUCGUCUCGUUGCAACUCAUACCCAUUGCUCUAAACCAUUGGCCUUAGCCCCUCUCUCUCUCUCUCUCUCUCUCUCUCUGAACUCACUGUAUUCCUCUCUUUCUCGGCAAUCUUCAUCACGUCGCUGCUUAAUCUCGAUCAGGUUUCUGUCAGUCAAUACAAGUAGGGAGAUGGAUCACCAUGAGGAGGAAUCCCGUGCUGGGGGUGAACCUCAUGGGAAGCAAGAUGAUGAGGAAGCUGCUGCUCGGCUUGAGGAAAUCAAGAAAUCAAUUGAGGCAAAGAUGGCUCUUCGUCAAAGCAAUUUGAACCCUGAGAGGCCUGACACAGGGUUUCUUAGGACACUGGAUUCUAGCAUUAAGCGCAACACAGCGGUUAUUAAAAAACUGAAGCAGAUAAAUGAAGAGCAGCGGGAAGGGCUGAUGGAUGACUUGAGAGGUGUCAACCUAAGCAAAUUUGUCAGUGAAGCUGUUACUGCUAUUUGUGAUGCCAAGCUUAGAUCAUCGGACAUUCAAGCAGCAGUUCAGAUCUGCUCUCUGCUUCAUCAAAGAUACAAAGACUUCUCCCCAAGCCUACUUCAAGGUCUUUUGAAAAUCUUCUUUCCCGGAAAGUCUGGGGAUGACUUAGACAUGGACAAGAACCUGAGGGCCAUGAAGAAGCGAAGCACUUUGAAACUCCUUUUGGAACUUUUCUUUGUUGGAGUCAUAGAAGAUGGUGGUAUUUUUGUGAAUAUCAUUAAGGAUCUUACCAGUGGAGAACACUUAAAGGAUCGGGAUACUACUCAGACAAAUUUGACUCUUCUUGCUAGUUUUGCUCGGCAGGGAAGAAUGUUUAUUAACCUUCCACUCUCUGGGCCAGAAAUUCACGAAGAGUUUUUCAAGGGCCUUAAUAUCACAACAGAGCAUAAGAAAUUCUUCAGGAAGGCAUUUCAAACAUAUUAUGAUGCUGCAGCAGAACUACUUCAAUCCGAGCAUACUUCACUUCGCCAAAUGGAGCACGAAAAUUCUAAAAUCCUUAAUGCUAAAGGAGAGCUCAGUGAUGAAAAUGUCUCUUCAUAUGAGAAACUGCGGAAAUCUUAUGAACAAUUGUACCGCAAUGUCUCAUCUUUAGCAGAAGCACUUGAUAUGCAGCCUCCAGUAAUGCCAGAGGAUGGUCAUACAACUAGGGUUACUAGUGGAGAGGAUGCUUCAUCUCCAGCUGCUGGAAAGGACUCUUCUGUACUUGAAGCCAUAUGGGAUGAUGAAGAUACGAGGGCUUUCUAUGAGUGCUUACCAGAUCUUAGAGCGUUUGUUCCGGCGGUAUUAUUGGGAGAAGCGGAUAAAAGCAAUGAUCAAUCUGCAAAGGCUCAAGAACAACCAACUGAGCCCACACUUGAAUCAGACCAAAGUCAACAGACUACAGAAGAUACUGGGGAGGCAUCUGCAGAUGUUGGUGCUUUACAGGAGGGCAAAAGCAUAGAGAAAGGGAAGGACAAGGAAGAAAAGGAUAAGGAGAAGAUUAAAGAUCUGGACAAAGAGAAAGGCGAUAGAAAAGGGGAGAACGAGAAAGAGAAACUUAAAAGCAUCGAAGGGACAAAUUUGGAUGCUUUACUGCAGAGGCUUCCUGGUUGCGUGAGCCGUGAUCUUAUUGAUCAGUUGACUGUAGAGUUUUGUUAUUUAAAUUCAAAAGCAAAUCGGAAAAAGCUUGUGAGGGCAGUGUUUAAUGUUCCCAGGACAUCAUUGGAGCUACUACCUUACUAUUCACGCAUGGUUGCCACACUGUCAACUUGUAUGAAGGAUGUAUCUUCCAUGCUCCUUGCAAUGCUGGAAGAAGAGUUCAACUUCUUAAUUAAUAAAAAGGAUCAAAUGAACAUUGAAACAAAGAUUAGGAACAUUAGAUUUAUUGGAGAACUCUGCAAGUUUAAAGUCGCACCAGCUGGUCUUGUCUUUAGUUGUUUGAAGGCUUGUUUAGAUGAUUUCACUCAUCAUAACAUUGAUGUUGCUUGCAAUCUUCUUGAGACUUGCGGGCGUUUUCUGUAUCGGUCUCCUGAAACUACCGUGCGGAUGGCUAACAUGUUGGAAAUAUUAAUGCGUUUGAAGAAUGUAAAAAAUUUAGAUCCUCGGCACAGCACCCUUGUUGAAAAUGCUUACUACCUGUGCAAACCGCCUGAAAGAUCCGCACGAGUCACUAAAGUCCGUCCUCCAUUGCAUCAGUAUAUAAGGAAGUUGCUAUUCUCAGAUCUCGAUAAGUCUACAAUAGAGCAUGUGCUCAGGCAACUGCGUAAACUACCAUGGGGUGAAUGUGAGCCAUAUCUUUUAAAAUGCUUUAUGAAGGUUCACAAAGGGAAGUAUGGCCAGAUCCACUUGAUUGCUUCGCUGACUGCUGGUCUGAGUCGCUACCAUGAUCAAUUUGCUGUAUCUGUUGUUGACGAGGUUUUAGAGGAGAUCAGGCUUGGCCUAGAAUUAAAUGAGUAUGGGAUGCAGCAAAGACGGAUUGCCCAUAUGCGAUUCUUAGGAGAGCUAUACAACUAUGAGCAUGUAGAUUCUUCUGUUAUUUUUGAGACUCUUUACUUGAUUCUUGUCUUUGGCCAUGGCACACAAGAGCAGCAAGAUGUACUGGAUCCACCAGAAGAUUGUUUCCGCAUUAGGAUGGUUAUUACUCUUCUGGAGACCUGUGGCCACUACUUUGACCGAGGCUCUUCCAAGAGGAAGCUUGAUCGAUUCUUGAUGCACUUCCAGAGAUAUAUACUAAGCAAAGGAGUACUCCCACUGGAUGUUGAAUUUGACAUACAGGACUUAUUUGCAGAACUACGCCCCAACAUGACCCGAUACUCAUCCAUUGAUGAAGUAAAUGCAGCUCUAGUAGAACUUGAGGAGCAUGAUCGUACUGUCUCCACUGACAAGGCCAAUAAUGAGAAGCAUUCUGACACUGAAAAGCCUUCAAGGAGGACCACAUCCAACAAAAAGUCUGUGAAUGGUACUGAGGAAAAUGGUGUAAGGCAUGGAGACCAUGGAGAUAGUGACAGUGAUUCAGGAAGUGGCACCAUUGAUCCAGAUGGACAUGACGAAGAAGAAUUAGAUGAAGAGAAUCAUGGUGAUGGAUCUGACAGUGAAGAGGAGGAUGAUGAUGGGGGUGGACCUGCAUCUGAUGAGGAUGAUGAAGUCCAUGUCAGACAGAAGGUUGCAGAGCUGGAUCCUCAGGAAGAAGCAAAUUUUGAGCUAGAUCUCAAAGCUGUUAUGCAGGAAAGCAUGGAGCAACGCAGGCUAGAGUUGCGAGGCCGACCUACAUUAAAUAUGAUGAUACCAAUGAAUGUGUUUGAGGGUUCCAUCAAGGAUCAUCAUGGAAGAGGGGUUGGAGGGGAAAGUGGAGAUGAGGCUUUGGAUGAAGAGUCUGGAGGAAGCAAGGAGGUGCAGGUGAAAGUUCUUGUGAAGCGUGGUAACAAACAACAAACAAAACAGAUGUACAUCCCACGGGAUUGCUCGCUUAUACAGAGUACGAAACAGAAAGAAGCAGCAGAGCUUGAAGAGAAACAAGACAUCAAGAGGCUGGUUUUGGAGUAUAAUGAUAGAGAAGAGGAGGAGCUUAAUGGAUUGGGGAACCAAACUUUGAACUAUAUGCAGAGUGGGGGCAACAGAGUUGCUGGCCGUGGCAGCAAUUGGGAAGGAACUAGUGGUAGAGGUGGUGGAACACGUCAUAGAUAUCAUAGUUAUUCAGGUGGGGGGGUUUAUUACAGCCGGAAAAAGUAAAAAGAAAAAAAAGGUGUGAUUUUACAAAGCUGUAAAGCCAAAAACGCCUCCACCGUGGGAGUUCCCUCAUUUUGCAGAUGUGGUUCGUUUCUUUUCGAAUCCGUGCUUGUAAGCCCAACAAUGAUUUCAAGAGACAUUCCUAUCCGAUGGAGAAGCCAUGCCCUUUUGGGACAUUUGCAUUUGACCCGGACGAUUUCCUUAUACUGCAAGGUUAUAUGUUUUGUGGUCUUGUUAGAAGAUAGUUGCAGUUGUGAAGAAAGAACAGAUAGACGGUAUAGCUAACCAGGAACCAAGACAGCAAUGCAGAAGAAAAGGUGGUGGUGUGAUAUACUUGAGGUGCUGAUCUGCAGAAUAUGCCAUUGGUUCGCCAUAAAUUAGAUCUUACAUUUAGUGUUAGAGCCUGAUGUUGUGUCACCCUGCGUGUAUAUUUGUCAAUAGGACUUAAAAGAUUUGAUUUCGAUGCAAACUCUGCUGUGGGUUCUCUUUGUACCUGGAAUCUGAUAUUAUAUAUUGCUUUCUGUAUUUAGUUGUAUGACCCUUGUACGUGCCAUACUGAACUUAGAGCUCU